AGGGAUGGAAGACUGAGUCAACCUUGAGCCAGUGAGAAUCGAAUUGCUGAAUUAGCCUGCAAUACUGCAUUCUAAUCAAUGUACCACCACUGCUCAGUAAAUAAAUGUAAUUUUGAUAGUUGGCACUUCUAUUGCAAUAUCUUUUUGAAAUCAGAUCCAGAUAAGACCCCUGAUUUUAUUCCAAAAUGAUACUAAAAAGAAUGAAUCUGUCACUGAUAAAUGUGCCUAGUUCUUUGUGUACAUUGAUAAAAAAGACUGAAGUAAAUCUUGCUUUGACAUAAUUCACAAACAUACCUUUAAUAUUAGCAUAGAACUUAAAAUAUAGAUUUUUUUUAUCCAAACACUCACAUUUGACAGUAACACUCUAGGACUUAUUGUAGAGUAGGUGAAAGAUGAAUUCCCCCACAAAAAAUUAUUUUUCCUCUUGGAAAUUAAUGUUUCUAUCUCCAAUUAUGAAAUUCAUGUAAUUCUUGAUCAAAUGAAAGCCCUAAGAAUAGUAGUUGUGUAAUGAGGUGUAAAAAACCCCAAACAAGAAAUAUUCAUAUUCCCCACCCAAACAACAGGAUUUUAUUAGAAAUAUUUUGUCUCAGCAUUUGUAUUGAAAAAUAUCUCCUUUGAGUCUUAUUAAAUGUAAGAGAAUUCCCUGCCUGUACAAAUUACACCAGAUAUGCAAUUAGGAAAUAAUCUGCUUUCAAUCCCAUAGCCUAACCAUGGCCAUAAAACAGUGUUUGAUAAAAAGGGCCUGCAGAUGUUCUUCAUGAGACGACACUCAUCUAAAAGAAGCCUAGUGUAAUACUUUCAUUGUGAUAAAUCACAGAAGACCUGGGAAAUGUCAAUGCUAUUGCUAAUAUUCUGUGUGUGGGCUUUUUAUAGAAAAGCAGCAGUUUCAAAUGUGGAGAAAUUCUUUAAAAAAAACACACCCCAAACAUCUGUUUAGGCAAACAUGGCUAGAUAUUAAUACUGGAUAGUAUCAUAAAGGGCCUAUUUUACAGCUUCUUUUGUGCAAUGACUAUAUUCAGGCUCGUUAAGAAGUGUGGGAGGGCGGAUAGUAAAAGAUGUAUCUGAUGUAGAUCAUUUCUUUUCCACUGAUUUCCAAGGUUAAUCUUUUCAUCUCCCCUCUUAUUUCCCCACCUUUCCAUUCCCUAGAGAUUUAUGCUGCCUUCCCAUUAACUAGGGCAUCUGGCGUGGGGUCUGUUUAUGCACGGAGUUGCCUGGGUUAGCUGGGCAGCAUCGACAGGUGGUGGCCCGCUCUCUCAUCUCUCCCCCUCCUCUCACACACACACACACACAGAGAGAGAGAGAGAGAGAGAGAGAGAGAGAAGGCGACGUAAGCACACACACAUUUAGUCAAAGCAACAUUGUCAUUCAGUGCAAGCAAGCAGAGCUUCCCGUCGCCUGCCUCCUGCUGCUGCAGGCGGAAAGGCGCUGAGGGGAACGAGAGGGUGAGCUGCCCCAGCCCCAGCCAGCGACAGAUUGGACCGCCGUCGCAGGCAGGGGAAUUAAAAGCCCAGCCCGGGCCUCCUUCGGGUGAGGAAGAAGAACCACGCCGCUGACGGACUGCCGGCAAAGGUAAGAGCGCCUCAAGGGCCAGGGGCAGGCGUCAGGUGUCUGCCUUUGAGGAAAAGCAACGUUGUGACUCCCUCGCCUCGCCUUCGUCAAGUGAGGCCAUGGCCGCGCGUUGGGUCCUGUAAUAGCCAGCCCUCUGGGGGAGGGAAGGGGGAGAGAAAAUACCUAGUGGUGGGGGGUACUGUCAGGUGGGGGAAGUGGCGAGCGCGUGUUUAGAUCGCAAAAUGCGAUCUGAAGAAAGUGCGGGCGGGGGGAAGUUUGGAAUCCUUUCCUCCCUCCCGCCUCCCCCCCCCAAAAAAAAGUGACUGGCUGGUUUGUUUGAAUCCGGUAAAAGAAACAAAAUGCCUCCCCGGUGUGCGCGGAAAACGUGCAUCGGCGGCUGGAACUGCUAGUGCCUUCUCUCCGCCUGAGCGACAGAUUUAAAACUCCUCUCGCCUUUUUUUUCAGCGAAACCCCGGCAGGAAGAAGAUCUCGGUUGAACUUCGAAGGCGUCGAGGUGCCCGUUUCCCUUUCGCGGAUCCUCUGAGAAGUGGAGGAGGAGGAGGCUGCCUUUUCCAGGCGCUGACAGGUUUAUUGGUUAGGUAGAAGCACAGUUUCUGAAAAGGGUGCUUAUAAUUGAAGUGAUUUUCCAUCACCAACAUGAAGAAAAGUAGGAGUGUAAUGACUGUCCCUACAGAAGGUAAUGCAAAAGAUUAUUUAGAAUGUCGUCUCAGCAAGUCUUAUAGUGCAUCUAGCAACACCCUCGGCAUAGAUCUCUGGAGAGGAAGAAGAUGCUGCUCUGGUAAUUUAUUAUUACCACCAUUAUCUCAACGACAGAGUGAAAAAGCAAGAACACCAGAUAACAUUUCUAGACCCACAACAUUACCUUUACUGACGCUUCCUAGUAUUGCCAUCACUACUUAUCAGGAUAGGGGUGAAAAACAUCAUGCAGAGUGGAGAAAAGUAAUAAGAAAUAAUAAGCCAAAGGAAAUAAAGACAUGAGAAUAAGAAAAAGAAAUUUAUGCCCACACUGUUCACUGUACUUCUCUGUUUCUUUCUGUCCUUACAAACCAUCAUUGCUUCAAAUACAUCCAUACAGUGCUUCAGUUAUCAUUUCUACUAUGAAAAAGUUCAGAAUAAAUAUUAAUAUAAAUCCUUUGUCAUUAUUUUGGGAUGGAAUGGCAGCCUGACAGUUAAAAAUCAUUGUUUUGGACAUGAAAGAUCAUGAGUUUAAUAAUAGC